AUGCCUCCGAGAAAGACGCUACCUCGUGGAGGUACCUUCUAUCCGUCGAACGACUCAGCCACGUAUCGUGAUCUUCUUCUCUUCGAGGAGCGUCUCAAGACGAAUGCAGCUGCUCUCAAGCGCCGUAAAUCACGAUAUCGACUAUUCCUUCUGCAAUUACUCGUGAUCAUCGCCUUUCUCCUGAGCGAAGUCCAUCUCCAGACCAAUUUCCUGGCUAUCCCGUAUGCUCUAUUCCUGCGCAAGCUGCUCCCGGAUAUCUAUACCCCCGAAACUCCGGUAUUGCUUCACCCGUACUUUGCGAGCGGGAUGCUCUUUGUUAGUGUCACCACGCUGGUUCUGUUCUUUGCGAGUGGUAUGUAUUCAGAGAAGAUCGGCUACGCAAACAGAUAUGUACCGCAUGCCAACAAGGCACUUCGCUCAUUCAACAUGUAUCUGAACGUACGGCAGCCGCCGUUACGAUCAAAGUAUCCUCUGAAAGCGCUGUUAACGCCUUUCUCUGUGUUCUUCUCUGCCAACCCCGAUCCAACAACCCCGACAUCACCACGCACUCCACGCCGCAGUCCCAGUCCUUCUCCUUUAUCAGCUCGCUCACCUUCCUCGGCGCGGCCUAUAACGUCCAUUCCACCAUCUACGAAUCCUCGCGGUGAACUCAUAUUUUCCUCCCGCGUUGCCCCCGCCUUUCGCGAAGGGUACGAGCGAUACCGCUCGGCGUUUGAACGCAAACGAGCCGAACGCGCUUCGUUGAUGCGGGCGAACACAUGGCUGGGGUGGCUGACUAUUCAAGUGAGAAACCGCGUUCUGGGACCGGUGAUCGGCGUCAAGGAGGAAAAACCGGUGGUGGUUAGUUUACCGCCGAGUCGGACGCCGAGCAGCGCAGGAAGGGGCAGGCCAGGCAGCACGCAGGGCAGUAGGAAAGGAAGUCCGAUACCGAGAGGGAGAGUACCUCGAGGCAACACCCCACCUGUUCCGGGUGGUCCUCACAUUGGACAGAACACCGGCGGUAGUCCGCUUGCUAGCGAAGUAACGCGCAGCAACGUCGAUGAGAGCUAG